CGUCCACUUUCCGAACACUCGCACCAGACACAAGGAACUGACUGUCGUAUAAGCACAUCUCUGUCCGCGCCUCUCCUCAAUUGGCCUUGUAUUCGGCAUCCUGUGUAUCUACCCUCCAUUGCCAGGACUCAAUUUGCCCUGACUACUUCCCCAUAUCCCCACAAUGCUCUCUCGAACUGCUCGUCCGGCUCUCCAGGCUGGCAGUGCAAUUCUUGCACGGAAUGCCGCCCCUGCCAAUUCUGCAAAUUUCGCGACACUCCGUGAAAUUGAGGGUCGGCUGAAGUCCAUCAAGAACAUCGAGAAAAUCACCAAGACCAUGAAGAUUGUUGCUUCCACUCGUCUUAACAAGGCCCAGAGAGCCAUGGCCGAUUCGCGGGCCUACGGUCAAACAUCCAAUACCGUGUUCGAGAACGCCGAAACCAAACCCCUCGAAGAUAAGAAGACUCUGUUCGUUGUCGCCAGUUCGGAUAAGGGUCUGUGUGGAGGCAUUCACUCCGGAUUGAGCAAAGCUACAAGAAGGAUGAUGCUCGACCAGCCUAACGCUGAUAUUGUUGUUCUCGGCGACAAGGCCAAGGGCCAGCUCGCCAGAACCAACGAGAAAGACAUGGUUUUGAGCUUCGCCAAUGUCGGGAAGGAUAUCCCAACUUUCGCUGAAGCUCAGGCGAUUGCAGACCAGAUUUCUCAGCUGCCAACCGAUUACGCCAGUGUUAAGAUUAUCUACAACAAAUUCGUCAACGCUCAGACCUACGAACCUGUUGUUGUCGAAGCUUAUUCGGAAGAGGCUAUCACCCAAUCCCCGAACAUUUCCGCCUUCGAAAUUGACGACGAAGCUCUCGCCAAUCUCCGAGAAUAUGCUCUUGCAAACAGCUUGUUCUGGGCUCUUGCCGAAGGACAUGCUUGCGAGAUCUCUGCUCGUCGCAAUGCUAUGGACAACGCAUCUAAGAACGCCGGUGACAUGAUUCAACGAUUCCAGAUUCUUUACAACAGACAGCGUCAAGCCGCCAUUACCGGCGAACUAGUCGAGAUUAUCACUGGUGCCACUGCCAGUGAGGAUAUGUAAACAAGCAGGCCCGACAAUGUAUUGGAUUGGAGACGACAAUAGAGAAAAAGAAAAACUAGCAAUGCCGGGUUUUCACUCGGUCCUUUAUUAAUAUGUAGAUUUUUUCUUUCCUUUCCAUUAACACACCAUCCAACACCACUACUACUACCUACCACCACAACUACCACUGCACCACCACUGCUAGUAUCUAGAAAUCCUUUGUUGAAAAUCUUGUAAAAUCAAAUCUUCUUUUUUCAUCUUCUAACUGAUAGGGUCCUCUGUUGUUAUUCAAUUAAAUAUAAUUCUCAGUUGUGUAUAUAGGUGCAUCACACUUUCCUUGACUACAUGUCACUCAAAUGAACUCUUCUACUGUCUCUUCAUGCACUGUUUCUCCAAAAAAUUAUACAUGGAUAAUCAUAUCAUGUUCAUAUGCUACUUGCAGAGUAUGUACUCUCAUUGAGCCAAAUUGAACAGAUAUUUAGAUGUAAGAACUCAAAAUAAACAGUGAGUGAUAUAUCUGAGUGAUUGUGUUUGC